AAAGGUUAUGUUGCGCAGUGUCGAGUUUGAAGUUUGAAAGUCAAGUGGGAGAAUCGUGUUUAUGUUUUAUUCACAGUUUUAUUGUAGCAGUUUUUAUGGUUUUUAUAGUCAUUUUAUAAUUUGAUACGUUUAGUGAAUAUUCCUGAACUUUCGAACAUUGCUUCCAGUCGCGCAUGAUUUGAUUGAAGCUGCCAUAACUUUAAGCAUACGUUGUUAAUUUCCUGUUUUUGUUGUGUGUUGUAUCUGCACUGAAUCUGUCCGUUUUCAAGUAUUUAUGUUAAUUUUUUACACUUGGACAGCUCAAAAUGAAGACACUACUGAUAAUUGUCACAGUAUGUGUAAUAAAGACUGUGACUUCUUCGGUUGCAUCCCAAGAUUGGAAAGACCCCCAUGAUAUGAAUACAAAUGCUAAACAAAAAUAUCUGCGUUCGUCCUCUUUGGAUUCUUCAUUUGGAAAUGGUGCAGAAAAAUCUCAAGCAACUGACUCACUUAACACCUAUCUCUUCAACCUGAAGAGGAUUGUGUCUGUUCUGAUGAAGGCGGCACAUAUCGACAAAGAAAACCCGGACUUGUAUCAGGGACAUAUUAGAUUUGCCAUUAAACCCGAAGAUCAUCAGUUCCUACUCAACUUUGGAAAGGAAGAUAUAACUUUAGACACAUUGAGGGACCUCAACGCCAUUUUUAGUGAAGGCUUCCAGAAAAGUUACAUCGAUGGGUAUUUGGACAACGUAAAGUCCUUCCAGUCACAACUCUACUCUGCUGUUGUAAAUAUUGAAACUCUUUGGAUUUUCGGAACAGCUUAUAUGGUGUAUUUUGUACAUCAGUUGAUGAAGAAUGGUUUCUCCUUAGCAUAUAUGUCGAAAUUUAUCAUCCUCUUAGUUCUAAUAACUGAUUUUGGAUUUAGACAUUACCAUCUAGUUCAGGAGACCGAAGAGCAUAAUUUCAAAGUGGUCUACUCGAGUAAGUGCGACACCACAAAAAUGUCAUGGACUGAAUGGACUAAAUUUCUUUUUGGUUCUGAAGAGUGUGAGAAGCGGUCUGUAACACCUUUGGAUACUUUGCUGCAUCAAGUUAAGCAUCUUAUUAUUAUUCCAAUGCAUGCGGUGGGAACAGGAAUGGGUGGAUUUGGAAGUAACAUGUUUUCAAAUUUGCCAUUUCCCAUAAAUUUUAUAAUGUGGCCAAUGAUGUUGAUAUUCACUCUACUCUUGGCCUUGAUCACGCUGACAGUGUUGAGUGGUCACCCAAUCGAAUUCAACAUCUUCCAUUUAAUUAAAAUGAAGUUUGGCGAUACCGGGAAAAAUUACAACAGCUUAACUAAUUCAAAAAUGUUUAUGGAUAAAGUUGAGCAAAGACCUAUAGUCCAUAAUGUCAACAUUUCUCUAACACCUGCCGCACCUGCUAAUAAUGAAUUGAAACAAGAGAAAAUGCGAAUAGACGAUGUCUCAGAUCCACCAUUAGAACACACUUUGGCUGAGCACGCUGAUCGAUUAUGUAAUCCACAUGCUGAAGACAGCGCACUGGAAAAAACCCCAAAACGACAAAACUUGAUCAAAACUGUCGCAAAACAAAUUUUGGCUGCAGACAAAGACCUAUCAUCUAAACAACCUGCUGGAAUCGAUUUCAACAUCUUCCAUUCAAUUAAACCGAAGCUUAGCGAUGCCGAAGAAAGUGAUAACAACUUAAGUAACUCAAACAGCAAAAUUUGUGUGGAUGAAAUGGUGCAUAGAACCAUAGUCCAUAAUGUCGACGUUUCCCAACCACCUGCUGAACUUGCUCAUACUGAAUUUAAAGGAGUAAUGCGUAUCGAGGAUGUCUCGGAUUCACCAUUAGAGCACAUUUUGGCUGGGGACGAUGAUCUAUCAUGUAAUAAACCUGCUGAAGACAGCGCACAUGAGAAAACUUGCUCUCCUGAGGCUGAUGUAGAUACCCCAACACCAAAGAACUUGUCUAAAACUGUCGCAGAGUCACCAAUAAAAUACAUUUUGGUUACGGACGCUGGUCUAUCAUGUAAUCAACUUGCUGAAUACAGCGUACAGGAAGAAACUGGCUCUCAUGAGGCUGAUGUAGAUCCCUCAACACCAGAGAACUUGUCUAAAACUCUGGCAGAGUCACCAAUAAAACAAAUUUUGGCUGCAAAGGAUGAUUGUUCAUGUAAUCAACCUGCUGAAGACAGCGCACAGGAAAAACCUGGCUCUCCUGGAGCUGAUGAAGAUGCCCAAACACCAGACAACUUGUCUAAAACUCGCGCAGAGUCACUAAUAAAAGAAAUGUUUGUUACAGAGGCUGAUUUAUCAUGUAACCAACCUGGUGAAGACAGCGCACAUGAAAAAGCUUGGUCUUCUGAGGCUGAUGAAGAUUUCCCAGCACCAGAGAACUUGUUUAAAACUCUCGCAGAGUCACGAAUAGAAGAAAUUUUAGCCACAAAGGCUGAUCCAUCAUGUAAUCAACCUGCUGAAGACAGCGCACUGGAAAAAACUGGCUCUCCUUUAGCUCAUGUAGGUGCCUCAGUAUUAGAGUAUAUAAAAUUGAAUAAAACUUUCGAAGAGUCAAUAAUAAAACAAAUUUUAGCUCCAGAGGCUGAUCUAGCAUGUAACCAACCUGGUGAAGACAGCCCAUAUGAAAAAGCUUGCUCUUCUGAGGCUGAUGUAGAUUUCCCAACGCCAGUGAAUUUGUCUAAAACUCUCACAGAGUCACUAAUAAAACAAUCUUUAGCUACAGAGGCUGAUCUACCAUGUUACCAACCUGCUGAAGGAAGUUUACAUGAAAAAAUUUGCUAUCUUGAGUCUUAUGUACAUUCCCCAAAGGGACAAAAAAUUAAUAAAAUUGUUGCUGAUCCACCAAUAACGAAAAUUUUGGCUCUAGCUUCUGCAUUAUGUAAUAAACUUGCUAAGAACAGCUCACAGAAAAAAACUUGUUCUGCUGCAACUGAUGUAGAUCGACCAAAAGCAGAAAACGAGACUAAAACUGUUGAAACAAUUGAUACAUUCGAUAAGGUGAUCUUAAAUUCCCCCACAGCACAAAGCUUAUUUGAAAAUAUGGGUACCCAUUUAAAAUAUGACGAUGAUGAUGGACAAAGGGGAAAAGUUAUAUUUCCUGAAGGCAGCAAUACAUGUUAUAUUCCCAAUUUGAAAGUGAAGUUAAAAAAUUCUAGGAUUGUGAAAGGUCUUGGAAAUCUUUAUUAAGCAGAGCCCCAGUUCAAUCAGUCAGGAAAAGACGGAUAAUGCUAAAAUUGAUUUAAAAUAAUUGUUUUGCACAUUUUAUAUUUUUAAUGUCUGUUUUGAUGAUGUCCAAUUUUAUAUUUAGAAUGCUUUAUAAUAUAUAUAUAUAAGUGAAAAUCGUAAUUAAUACUUUGAUUUUGAUAAUAUAUCUGAUAUAACACUU